UCUAUAAAUGCUUGACUGUCCAAAACCCCUAAUGAGGAGGGACCUGUUGAGUAAACUAGAUGCUCAAAUAACCUUUAAAAACAGAGAAAUACAGAAGAUAAUACCACAGUCAAAAAUAGGAGAAGUGAUAGUUUUUAUGUUACAGGAAGCGCCAAAACCAGAAGAACCAGUCCCAGUGGAAGUGGACAAUGCAGUGAUCCCUCUGGUGGGGGCUGAUGAACUUCUAGGUCAGUCAAAACUGGCAGAAAAACAUGUUCUAAAGCCCAGAGCUAAGCCGACCAUCGAACAGGUAUAUUCCAGCAUACCAAACCUCAAGGACAUACCCCUGACGGAUCCCAGCUUGGAACUGUUUACAGAUGGGAGCAGUUUUGUACGAGAUGGGAGAGGAAUGGCUGGGUAUGCAGUAGUCACAGCCACACAGGUAAUGGAGGCUAACUCCUUGCGCAUUAACACAUCAGCCCAAAAGGCAGAGUUAGUGGCAUUACAGCAAGCCUUGAGGUUGGCGGAAGGAAAAAAGGUGAAUAUAUGGACUGAUUCAAAGUCUGGUUUUGGAAUAGUUCGUGCACUCAGGGCAGUUUGGAAAGAGAGGGUUACUGUCAGCCCAGGGAUCAUCUAUUAAAUACAAAGAAGAAAUUU